AUGGAGGUGGAUCAAAAUGAGAGCAACUUCGCACCAGACAACUGUAACACAAACGUACAGCGUUUGAUCGCGGAAAAUGGGGGUCGAUGCAUGAGUACGCAAGCGAUGCAGUCACUGUACGACCUCCGCCAGAACAACUUACUUUGCGAUGCGGUACUUCGGCUUGAAGAUGGCGGUAUUUUUCCGAUUCAUAGAGCAAUUCUGUCCGCCUGCAGCACCUACUUCAGAGCCCUCUUCACGACGACUCUUCACUCUCGUGAAAAAACCGACGUACUUUUACCAGGGGUGAACAGUCACAUGAUGAAUUUACUGCUGGAAUAUGCUUACCUCCGUUCGUUGGAGGUAAACAGGGACAACGUCUGUCAACUCUUGGUCACCGCGGAUUACUUGAGCAUUCUUGGUGUUCUCGAUCUUUGCUGUGACUAUCUCAGACAGAACUUGGCACCAGAGAACUGUAUCGGUGUAAUGAGAUUCGCCAGGGAGCAUUUUUGCAAGGGAUUGGAAACCGAUGCCCACCGCUACGUAAUGCGGCACUUCGUACAGGUUGCGCAAAAGAGUGAUGAAGUGCUAUUUUUACCGAUAUCCGAACUUCGUGGCCUGGUCGGAGCUGACGAGCUAAACGUCAAAAGCGAGGAAGCUGUGUGGGAGCUGGUUCUCAGGUGGAUAAACCACGACCCCGAGCCCCGAAAAGGGCACAUUGUCGAACUGAUGAAGAACAUUCGUCUAGGGCUGCUAGACACCCAGUUUUUCCUCGAGAACGUCAAGGAUCAUCCGUAUGUAACCGGUAACGAGGCCUGCAGACCCAUCAUCAUUGAAACGCUAAAGUUUCUCUACGACUUGGAGAUGAUUACACAGAAAGACGGGGAAGUGCCAACGCCAGAAAUCGCCAGGCCAAGAGUUCCGCACGAGAUACUAUUCGCACUUGGUGGCUGGAGCGGUGGAAGCCCAACAAACUUCAUCGAAACGUACGACACCAGAGCCGAUCGUUGGGUCAAAGUCGAAGAAGUAGAUCCAACGGGUCCUAGAGCUUACCACGGCACUGCGGUUGUCGGUUUCAAUAUCUACGUAAUCGGGGGCUUCGACGGUAUGGAUUACUUCAAUAGCUGUCGUUGUUUCAACGCUGUUAGCAAGGUGUGGCGAGAAGUUGCUCCCAUGAAUGCUAGAAGGUGCUACGUAAGCGUCACGGUGCUGAACGACCUUGUCUACGCAAUGGGAGGUUACGACGGUCAUCACCGGCAGAACACAGCAGAACGGUACAAUUAUCGGAGCAACCAGUGGUCCCUCAUCGCUCCAAUGAACGUCCAGCGAUCAGACGCAAGCGCAACGAUGCUCAAUGAUAAGAUCUACAUCACCGGUGGCUUCAAUGGACAAGAGUGCAUGAAUUCGGCCGAAGUUUAUGACCCGGAAACGAAUCAGUGGACGCUUAUAUCCGCCAUGAGGUCUCGCAGAAGUGGCGUUUCAUGCAUCGCCUAUCACAGCUGCGUUUAUGUCAUUGGUGGAUUCAACGGUAUAUCCAGAAUGUGUAGUGGCGAAAAAUACAAUCCAGCUACAAACAGCUGGACUCAGAUACCCGACAUGUACAAUCCACGCAGCAAUUUCGCCAUUGAAGUUAUAGACGACAUGAUUUUUGCGAUCGGAGGCUUCAAUGGUGUUACCACUAUAUACCAUGUCGAGUGUUACGAUGAACGGACGAACGAGUGGUACGAAGCAACCGACAUGAACAUUUACCGUUCGGCUCUGUCCGCUUGCGUUAUCAUGGGAUUGCCGAACGUUUACGACUACAUACACAAGCAUCGUGAACGACUGAUGGAGGAAAAGAGGCAAAAACUACUUGCUCUCGAAGUACAGAGAACGCAACAGCAACAACAAAAUCAACAGAACGAUAACAAUCAGAUACCACCAGCACCACCUCUGGCGCAAAUCGACCUUGACAACGACCAUCAAAUUUAAAAGAAAGCGAAUUCCUUUCUAGGGGGUGGAGACGAACCGCCCGCUUCAUCCCCUCUCCACACAGAUUAACUCGAUGGACCAAUCUGGGAUAAAAUCUCGCUUGGAGCAUGUGAUCUACAGUAUUUAAGCGCCCGCAGACAACAUCGCAAACCGCGGACGGACUGAGUCAUACAACCGUGAUAGUUCAACCGUAAAGUGAUUCUGACUCAAUGGCGAUCGCACAUUUGGCAACGGCAACAAUUGCAUCUGUAAUCUUGAUCUCAACAAGUUUAACUGGAGUAUUGGUAGUCUCACAAGAAAUAAGCAAAACUCACGAAUGUCAGACAAAAAUUAUCCGCUAUGUUGUCAUCAAAAUUGAUGCCGAAGGUCGGAGUUGUACGGCCGAGAUCGAAAUUGGAGUUUGCCAUGGUUACUGUCUAACCGGUGAGAGCGGGGAUUGGGAAUUUCCAUACAAAUCACACUAUCACCGACUUUGCGUUCCAAGCAAACUAGAACAGAAAACGGUAGAACUGCAAUGCGAUGACGACAAGACACCAAAAACAUUAAGCUAUAAAUACCACGAACCAAGUGAAUGUAGCUGUCAGCUAUGCAACUCUUCGAACACCUUGUGUGAGGGAAUGGUAAAAAAGGACUUUCCUACAAAAUCAGCACCACAAAUGAACUUCUUAUAUGAAUUGCUGCACAGAUCGCCUGGACAAUUACGUCGUCGACGGCUCGUCCCCUUCUAAAUCCUAUUGUACGUCAAGAAAUUCGGACAAACAUGAGCAUGAAAAUAGUAAAAACGACGACAUGCGUUGAAUAUGACAAAUCGUUCCGUUUAAAAUAUUUUUAAACAAGAGUUGUACAAGAUAGCAUACUUCUUCUUACGACGAAGAGUCACUUAUGUUCCUUGAUGAGUUUAUUUUGCAACUAUCAGUAUUCGGCAGCCAAUUAUCUUGUUGUGAUCUCAUCGAAAUCUCAAGUAUUAUGAUACAAUGUAAACUAUUUAUAUAUUUAAAGAUAUAUUAUCUUA